AUGAUUCCGCGAAGCUUCCCGCGACUCGGUUUGCCGCCAGAAGUUCUGCAGAAGUUCCGGAAUCCGUGGGUGUGCGGGCAUCGAUCUUUUCAGGACGCCCUUGCCGGAAAUGAAACGGCCAACGACAGCGAUGCCCCUGGCUGGAACGAAACCCACGUUCUCAACGAGACCUGGGUCGUUCCUGAAGCAAGCAAUGCGUCCGAAGAUGUCGGGGAAGAUGCCAAUGAGUCGGUCGUGCUGGACGGCAUCGAUGGAAACCUCUCCGACUGGAAUUCGUCAGAGCAGGCAAAUGGCAGCAAUGGCUUGUUGAAUCUUCAUGACAUUGUGAGUGCUGGAAACGCGUCGGCCAACGACAGCGACGUCCCUUCCUCGGGGUUGCAGCAGGUUGGUGUACAGGAGCACUUCAGUGUGUCGUCUUUGCCAGUGGCCGACAUCCAUUCAGACAAGAAGCCCAGAGCCACAAAUAUGUUUUUGAGAAACACUCUGCUGCUUCUGUUGCUUGAGCUCUUCAGAAAAGUUUGUCUGCGGCGGCUCAGGGCUGGAACGAGACCGAUGUUCCCAAUGAAACCUGGAACGUCUCCGAAGAUAUUUGGGAAGAUGUGA